CAAGACAGUUCAACAGGGAGGUGCUAUGACUGCUUUCAACAUUUCCGGCGGACACGUCGAGACACCGACACGAUCGGCACAAUGUGCACCGCAAAGGUGCCGCAUUGAUUCGGCGUCAAUUGAAAACCAUGCGCCGUUGCGUCAGCGAAGCGCCCCGAGCGUCACAUGGAUCAAUCACUGGCACGUAAUUUGUGCGUUUAGUUCUGCGGCGUCAUCCAUAUUAUGGCCAGACUACGGUCGCAGCAGCCCUCCUAAGACAGCUGAUUCCUGGAUUAAUACGAUGCCUCGCCAAGGCCAAUCGCCAAAGCUACUGAACAUUGCGAAAACGGUCAUUAGACCUGGGUCACCCAGAAGGAUCUAUCAAAGCUAUCGGUGAAUGACGACGACCAUGCAAUGUCACUGCCGUCCGGCAGUGUCGUCCAUGUCGAGGUGGACAACAUCAGGAGAUCUGAAGAAUGGUCGAGAGUCGUCAAUCCAUUACUCCCGGACGUGGAGUUUUUCCUACUACCACAAUUCGCCAUGGCUGCAAUCAUGAGCGGUGCCACAUUUGUAUCAAUUAUCGGGUUCAGCUACAACAAUAGCAAUACACAACAGUAUGGCCUUCCUGAUCGCGGCGUCACGGCUUUCUGGAAACAGCUGGUUCCUGUCCUCCUAGAAUUCAUCAUCACUACUAUCAUCCAAUUCUUCUCUAUACCAUUGUCUGCGACGCGUCAUGUUUACCAGACAUUAUCAACUACUAUCCGAUUACUAUACUCUGGUAUUAUUACACUGGGCUAGAGCUGACCUGGACCAUUCUAUCACUACUAUAGCAGAGAAAUCAAUCUUGAAAUAGCUGAGAUAUACUGGUCUGCCAAGAUAUUCAUCAGCCUUUCAUAUAUUCCAAGAUAAAUUCUGGACCGUACCGCCGCAAGACACUCGGGUGAACAGUAACACUGCUAGAAGAUAUAAACCAGACUUUGGAUUAUCUACUUAUCCUAUUCAUUACACUGCAGCUGGAACUACAGGAACAGUUAGUUUAUAAAGUUACGCUUAUUAACGACUAUACUGUCAGUGAUGUCCUGACUAUUCUAGGGGUGAUUGAGUAGAUAUUAAAUACGGGUACUGUACUGCCCGGAGGAGUUCUCUACACCGCUGGUUAAGCGGUGUAUAACGCGUGGGAUUAGCAGUAUCGGACGGUCAAAAUAAGCAAGACAUUGGUUCGGAUUGAGUAGUACCGGCGAUAUUACAUUAC